UGACACGAUCAGCUGUUGCAGUGACUACGAUCAGCUGAGAAGGAGGAAGGAUGGCGCUGCACAGCAAGACUCCUCUGCUUUUCUCGCGUAUAAAUAUUGCUACACGCAGACAAGGGCUAUGUCGAUCAUUAUCUACAGUAACUAAUAACACCGCGAGAACCAAGAUACAAGAUGGAUAUUAUGACCAAGAACACCAGGAACUGCAAAGGUCUUUGAUAAAACUGAUUGAAACUGAAAUCAACCCAUUUGUCGAUGAGUGGGAGACAGCGGGACAGUGGCCAGGCCAUAGAAUUUUUAAGCUCCUUGGUCAGGCAGGCUUUCUUGGCAUCAACAAACCUACAGAAUAUGGUGGUUUAAACCUGGAUUAUAAAUACCAUGCUGCCUACCUAGAAGCCUUAGGUCACAUCCGAGCAGGAGGCGUUAGUUUAGGCAUUGGUGUGCAGACAGAUGUAGCUACACCUGCCCUAUCCAGGUUUGGAAAUGACUAUAUAAAGAGGGAAUUCCUAGCACCAGCAAUCUCUGGAGAUGUGGUUGCAUGUCUAGGAGUGAGUGAGCCAGGUGCUGGCUCGGACGUUGCAGGACUGCAGACAACAGCACGUCAGCAGGGGGAUGACCUAAUAAUUAAUGGGCAAAAGCUGUGGAUUACAAAUGCUUGUCAGGCUGACUGGAUCUGCCUCUUAGCCAAUACUUCCAUAGGACCUCCUCACCGCAACAAGUCUUUGAUAUGUGUGCCUAUGAAAACUCCAGGUGUCAAUGUUGCAAGAAAGCUUGAUAAGUUGGGAAUGCGAAGCUCUGACACAGGUCACAUCUUCUUUGAUGAAGUUCGAGUCCCAGCAAAGAACAUUGUUGGAGAAGAAGGAAUGGGAUUCAUAUAUCAGAUGAAACAGUUUCAAGAGGAGCGCCUUGCUAUGGCCUUAGGGACUCUGGUUCCACUGAAAACAAUUAUGGAGGAAACCAUUAACUACACAAGGGAGAGGAAGGCAUUUGGGCAGCCUCUGCUUAACAAUCAGUAUAUUCACUUUCGCUUAGCAGAGCUAGAAACAGAACUUGAAUGCUUAAGAUCACUGAUCUAUAGAGCAGCUGAUCUUCUUGUGGCUGGCCAGGAUGUUACAAAGUUAGCAUCAAUGUGCAAAUUGAAAUCUGGUCGUCUUGCUCGUGUCUUCACAGAUUCUUUACUGCAGUUUUGGGGUGGUAUGGGUUUUACCAAUGAGGUGUUGGUAAGCCGUCUGUACCGAGACUUGCGGCUCUUCUCCAUUGGUGGAGGAGCAGAUGAGGUAAUGUUAGGUGUCAUCUGCAAGUACAUGAACACACUGCCUCAUGUACCUGUGAAGAAGGUGAAGUAAGUUCCUAUAGCAAAUGAUAACAGAUAUACAUAACUACAGAAAUAACAACUGAACAGCAAGGAAAUUAAUUAGAAAUUAAAGACAGAAUAAAAAUGAUGAUGAGAGGGCAGUCAAGAAAUUACAAAUGAUGUUGAAGGUGAAUGUAAUGGUAUAGAAAAUACAAACUGAAUAUAAUGCUUAAUAUUUGGCAUGUUAUUGAUCCAUCUCUUUUUUUUAUAUAAAUCCAUUUAAUUGUUUUAAUACAUCAACAUUAGUCUUUAGUAAUUGCAGCUUUAUGUUAUUCUGACAUUUUGUACUUUUCUAGAAAUGAUAGAUACCUAAAGAUUUAUUUUCUUUCUUGUAUAUUGUUCUUUGAAGAAUAUAAUUGCAUAAGCUUACACAUGUCCUUUGUACAUUACUAAUGGCUGCUGCAUUCUUGCCAUACACAACAGAAUUUGUACAAGUGAUGAUUGCUCAUGUAGAUGUUUCAAAUUAAAUGUGGCAUUAUUUUUUAUACACAGUUUUUAUAAAAGCUUUUAUGAUUUGAAUUUCCAUAAAUGCUGUAAGUGUAAAAUGAAUAUAUAAAUAAAAAUAUAUGAUUUGA